GUCAUUGAGGUUUUUUCCGGGAGGUGCUCCAUCUUUUCCCACCAUCUGCAGCUGUGGCCUGAAAACGGGGAAAAGCAGAAUUACACUCCAACCCACUGGGAUAGGAAUUAGAGUUUGUAUUUUGUAUAUAUUUAUAUAUUUUCUAAUUUCGCUAUUUCUGUACCCAAGCUAAACUUAAAAACCACUCAGAAUGACCGACUCCAAGUACUUCACCACAAACAAGAAAGGAGAGAUAUUUGAACUGAAAGCCGAGUUGAACAAUGAGAAGAAAGAAAAGAGGAAGGAAGCGGUGAAAAAGGUUAUUGCUGCCAUGACCGUAGGCAAGGAUGUGAGCUCUUUGUUUCCAGAUGUGGUGAACUGCAUGCAGACUGAUAACCUGGAGCUGAAGAAGCUGGUCUAUCUGUACCUGAUGAACUAUGCCAAGAGUCAGCCGGACAUGGCCAUCAUGGCCGUCAACAGUUUUGUGAAGGACUGUGAAGAUCCCAACCCUCUGAUUCGUGCCCUGGCCGUGCGCACUAUGGGCUGCAUUCGCGUGGACAAGAUCACGGAGUACCUGUGUGAGCCUCUGAGGAAGUGUCUAAAGGACGAGGACCCAUAUGUGAGGAAGACGGCAGCCGUGUGCGUGGCCAAGCUGCAUGACAUCAACGCGCAGAUGGUGGAGGAUCAGGGCUUUCUGGAUUCCCUCAGGGACUUGAUCGCCGACUCCAACCCUAUGGUUGUAGCUAAUGCCGUGGCAGCGCUGUCUGAGAUCAGCGAGUCUCAUCCCAACAGCAAUCUGCUGGACCUGAACCCUCAGAACAUCAACAAGCUGCUCACGGCCCUGAACGAGUGCACUGAGUGGGGACAGAUCUUCAUCCUGGACUGCUUGUCCAACUACAAUCCUAAAGAUGAGCGUGAAGCCCAGAGCAUCUGCGAGCGCGUGACCCCACGGCUUUCGCACGCCAACUCGGCUGUCGUGUUGUCAGCCGUCAAGGUCCUGAUGAAAUUCCUGGAGCUGCUGCCGAAGGACUCGGACUAUUACAACACCCUGCUGAAGAAGCUCUCUCCUCCUCUAGUAACGCUGCUCUCCGGCGAGCCUGAGGUCCAGUACGUGGCUCUCAGGAACAUCAACCUCAUUGUCCAGAAGAGACCUGAGAUCCUGAAACAGGAGAUCAAAGUGUUCUUUGUGAAGUACAACGAUCCCAUCUAUGUCAAGCUGGAGAAACUGGACAUCAUGAUCCGCUUGGCCUCUCAGGCCAACAUCGCCCAGGUACUGGCUGAGCUGAAAGAGUACGCCACCGAGGUGGAUGUGGACUUUGUGCGCAAGGCGGUUCGUGCCAUCGGGCGCUGCGCUAUAAAAGUAGAGCAAUCAGCUGAGCGCUGUGUGAGCACCCUCCUGGACCUCAUCCAGACAAAAGUGAACUACGUCGUGCAGGAGGCCAUUGUGGUGAUCCGAGACAUCUUCCGCAAGUACCCCAACAAGUACGAGAGCAUCAUCGCGACUCUGUGCGAGAACCUGGACUCUCUGGACGAGCCGGACGCUCGUGCCGCCAUGAUUUGGAUCGUGGGCGAAUACGCAGAGAGAAUCGACAACGCCGAUGAGCUUCUGGAAAGCUUCCUGGAGGGCUUCCACGACGAAAGCACUCAGGUUCAGCUCACCUUGCUGACGGCUAUAGUGAAGCUGUUCCUGAAGAAGCCUUCAGAGACACAGGAGCUGGUGCAGCAAGUUCUCAGCUUGGCCACUCAGGACUCUGAUAACCCUGACCUGCGAGAUCGCGGCUACAUCUACUGGCGCCUGCUGUCCACUGACCCGGUGACGGCGAAAGAGGUGGUGCUCUCGGAGAAGCCACUGAUCUCGGAGGAGACGGACCUGAUCGAGCCCACGCUGCUGGACGAGCUCAUUUGCCACAUCGGCUCACUGGCCUCCGUCUACCACAAACCACCGAACGCUUUCGUAGAGGGCAGUCACGGCAUCCACCGCAAGCACCUGCCCAUCCAGCACGGCAGCAUCGACACCGGCGAGAGCCCGGUUAGCAGCGGCCCGACUUCCACUAUCGACCAGCCCCAGGUUAUUCCAUCUCAAGGUGACCUCCUGGGUGACCUUCUCAAUCUCGACCUGGGUCCUCCAGUCAACGUGCCACAGGUCUCAUCCAUGCAAAUGGGAGCCGUGGACCUUCUAGGAGGUGGUCUCGACAGCCUGCUCGGAGGAGAUCUUGGAGGUGGUGUUGGAGGCAGUCCUGCAGUUGGCCAGAACUUCAUUCCAUCUUCAGUGCCCAACACAUUUGCUCCAUCUCCUACUCCAGCACCCAUCAGCAGCGGCCUAAAUGACCUGUUUGAACUUUCCACAAGCAUGGCCAUCAAUACUGGAGGUUACGUUGCACCUAAAGCUGUGUGGUUACCAGCAGUCAAGGCGAAAGGGUUGGAAAUUUCCGGAACGUUCUCCCGCCGCCAGGGUCACAUGUACAUGGACAUGACUUUCACCAACAAAGCCCUGCAGCACAUGACUGACUUUGCCAUCCAGUUUAAUAAGAACAGUUUCGGAGUGAUUCCUACAACCCCUUUACCCAUUCACACGCCUCUAAUGCCGAACCAAAACAUCGACAUCUCCCUGCCUCUCAAUACCAUUGGACCAGUUAUGAAGAUGGACCCUCUCAACAACCUGCAGGUGGCUGUGAAAAACAACAUCGACGUCUUCUACUUCAGCGUGCUUAUUCCGCUCAACGUCUUCUUCGUCGAGGAUGGCAAAAUGGAGCGCCAGGUCUUCUUGGCAACAUGGAAGGACAUUCCCAAUGAGAACGAGCUGCAGUACCAAAUCAAGGAGUGCCACUUAAACGCCGACACCGUGUCAGGCAAGCUGCAGAACAACAACAUCUACACCAUCGCCAAGCGGAACGUAGAGGGCCAGGACAUGCUCUACCAGUCCCUGAAACUCACUAACGGCAUCUGGAUCCUCGCCGAGCUCCGCAUCCAACCUGGCAACCCCAACUACACGCUCUCCCUGAAGUGCCGAGCUCCAGAGGUGUCUCAGUAUGUGUACCAGAUGUAUGACGCCGUGCUGAAGAACUGAAGAUUUUUUUUUUUUUUUUGGCAGCCUCUCCACAAACAGCCUUUCCUCCAGUUAUUCCUGUGGUACAAGAACAAACCUACUACACCACCUCUUCCUUCCCAUUUCUUGUUUCUAGGAUCUUGUAUUAUUGUUCUGCUCUCUAGUGUUCUGGUAGCAGCCAUAUGCUUGAGCCAAAAUGUCGUCUGUGUUGUGGAUAAAAGUUGUAGGUGGUGCAUUGUGCCUCUCGGCCGCAUUUAUUCUAUACCUACUAUUAUGAAAAUGUCCAUGAAUGGAGUGUAACUAUUGUUCCUUGUAUAAACUUGUACAUGCUAUGGUUUUUUUUUUUUUUUUUUCCAAUUCCGAAAUCAAAAACAAUUCAGCGAGGUCAGGCGGUUUCAGUGCAAUUUCAGUUAGACGUUCUCAGGCAGAAUCGGUGCCACAAGCUGAGGUUUUGUGGCCGUGAUAUCUCCGAAUGAGACAAGGCACGUCUUUGAGUCUUCAAUUCAGAACCACUAUUCAGUCACUCGGUGGAGGAUUUUAAUCGUGCUUGUGGGGUAUUUAAUCCUUUUGCCUUUAGUUUAAAAAAAAAAAAAAAAAACUUUAUGGAUGUAAAAUAUGCUUUGCAUACCUUGUUCACUCGUGCACACUAACAAACUAUAUACGUUGUUCAAUCCCAAUUACACUCCAUAUUACAACCACUGCCAUAAAGCAGCUAGCAGUUAUUGUUAAGUAUGCAGAUAUUUGGCCACGUGUUUGCUUUCUGUUUCAAGUACUUUUUUUUUGGUUCCUGGACCGAAAGCAGUCAGAUUUUCUCCCAUUUUAUCUUCCUAUGGCUAUCCUUGUAUGAUUCCAUGCAGUGAUUGUGUACUGUGAUUCACAUCAAGUAUCAUGCUUAUGGAUAUUAGAAUUUGCUCCUCCGCUACCGGCGUACGUGCUAGCUCCUGAACUUUUUUUUGUAGCACUUUAUGUUGGUGAUCAACGGAGUAGCGCUGUCAUUCUUACAAUGUAGUAAGGAUAAAUGUCAACGUCUCCUCCCAUGGAAGCAUUACUCGUACUCUGAAACUCCCAUGCUGUAGAUUCUGGCUAAUAUAAAUGUUACCUCCUUAACAUUUUAAGAUCAGCUUAGCAUCACGUGACGUGCAGUAGUGCAUUCAUCUACAUUAGUUAUUAUAAUGCGCAUGAGUAAUCCUCAGACUGUAGGAAAAGUAGUUAAAUUGCAUCUGUUGUGGGGAAAAAUUUCUUUUCUUUCGAAAAAUUGUCUAGAUGUUAAAACAGAAGGCAGUCUUCCUGUCCACCAUAUUUCAAGGUACCACAGAUGACACUUCCUCAGUCAUUCCACCUUCUUUAGUCAUUCCUCACCGUGACUCUUGUUACCAACGAUUUUGCUUCAUCUAUGAUCAUUUUUGAAUAAAUCUAAUAAAAAAAAAAAAAG